AUGCGUGAAUUUCAUUUAAGGAGACGACUUGCAGGAAAAGACCUAUGGUCAGAUAAUUUCGUGUCUUUUACUUCAGGACAAAAUCAAGGUGAAUGCCCACUUGGUAUGUGUCGUUCGAAAUGGGGCAAUUGUGGUACAAGUCCUGCAUACUGUGGAAAUACGCAACCAACGCCCAACAAUAAAAAUCCUCCAAGUGCUUCACGUAAGUCGGAUAGAUAGUACAAAACGAGUCGGUUUUCCCAGCAUGAGCAGCUACUGUUUCCUAAAAGCAUAUCAGUGUAUGAUUUGGGAUAGCCUGUUGUUCUGAAAAGCUGACGAUUUUUUCCUUGUUUAGCUGGAACUUUCAAAGGAGAAACCACGCACUAUAGUGUUAAUGCUGGUUAUACUGCAUGUGGAACAAAGCAUAGCGAGAGUGAAUAUGUUGCGGCAUUAAAUUCAGCUCAAUUUAAUCCGUAUACGCAGAAUGCGAACGUCAAGGAAAAUACUCUGUGUAAUAAACAGACCAGUGUACUUGAUCCAAAAGGAUCUGUUACCAUUAAAAUUAUUGAUUUAUAUGGUGGAGGGUGUGGGUGUGGGUGUGGGUGUGGGUGUGGGUGUGUGUGGGUGUGGGUGUGGGUGAUGGGGG